UCGAUUAACAAAAAAAUCUAUAAAUGGUGGGCGGUUGGUGGUGGUGCGGGAGAGAGAGAGACAGACUGACUCUCUGUCGACGCUUUGAACGUCGUUGCGGUCCCGUCUCACCGCUCCGCCACUCGCCUCCGGUGUUCUUGCGAUGGGCUAUCGUUACGAUGAAGCCGACGACGGCGGCGGCGGCAAGAACGCCAGCGAUGGAGACCGCCUGUCGAACGCGGCGGCGCGCGGCGACGUGGGCGCGGUUCGCGAGCUGCUCGCGCGCGGGGUUCCCGCGGACUCGCCCGGCCGCUUCGGCCGCACCGCUCUGCAGGUAAUGCUCCUGGGCAAUGUCUCCCUCGCACGGAUUCUGCUGGAGGCCGGUGCGGAUCCGGGGGUGCAGGACCCAGUGUGGGGACUCACGCCAGCUCAUGACGCCGCACGCGAAGGCUUUGCCGACACUGCCCUGGAGCUGAAGAUGUACGGGGCCCCCAUGUGGGUCAAGGAUGCGCUCGGACGCACGCCCUCCCAACUCGCAGAGCUGAAUGGGCACUCGGCCCUCGCCCUCGCCUUGGUCGAUGAUGAGUAGGAAGAUGAAGAUGUUAUCCCACUGCGUUUCCCUCCUUUAUUCAAUCCACAAACGGAGGAUGCAGACGACGAGGAAACGGUGGAAGAGGGAGAGGUGGAGGAGAGUGGAGAAUGAAGAUGGGGAAGAGGUUGAGAUGGACGGAGUUGAUGAUUAGCUUGUGCCCGCAUUUUUUACCAUCUUUUUUUUGGUUGAAAGUUGUUGAGAAAAAGGCUUGAACUACUGAAUCAGAAUCUUAAUUAAUCCAGCAGUAAUCUAAUUAGCUGUGAAACUCUUUUUCACAGAUGUCCAGUAGGGGCGGGUCAGAAAGUUACAAUUAAAACAAUCCAAAAAAAGGUAAGAGCCCGAAGUAUAGGAAAGGCAAGGAAGUCUCUGAAAAGAAAUAUAACUAAAAUAUAUAAGUACAAAUUGCAUAAGUACAUCAAUUCCUGCAACUGGUAUCUUGAGGAGUGGAGGAAGUGAUGACAGGAAAGAGAAGAUGAUACUUCAUUUCCUGUUAGUGAUGAUGACUGGUGAUGAUUCUGCAGAUAUUUCUUUUUUAUGCUGUAUAACUUAAUUUACAAAAUCAGCAUCAUAAUCAUCACCUGUAAUCCAUAAUUUGGGUGACUAUAUUUGAAUAGUUGAGAUUUAUGAAACUUUCACGUCUUCUGGGUCUCAAAAAUGGCUUGGAGACAGCAGUACAGCAGAUGGAAAAUAACCCGUAUGUAUGAAGCUCUUAGUGUUAUCCCUGUGUUUUUUCUCUGGGUAUGCCAGUCUCCUUGCAAAUAGCACUCAAUAAUGUGGCCAAACAUCUAAAUUCUGACCCUCCUAAUAAUUCAGUAAGACUUUUGUCAAUAUCCACCACCAUUGUAAACAGCAGUGACGGUAGUAGGAUUGUCACCAUGUUUUGUGGGGUUCAGCUUUUUGUCUCAGAUGUUAAGAGUUUUGUUGAAAUCAAAUCUGUUAUUGCAUUGGUCAUAUUCUCUACUCCGGUGCAGUUAGUAACUGUACAUAAUGUUUAUAUACACUUUGCAAAUUUAUUUAUUUGUGAAUGCAUUCAAGAGACAGAAGGGGAUCCAUGACCACCUGGACAAACAUAUUUCAACAACUGGCAGAGAUAUAGCCAUGGGGGAACCCAUGUAGGCCACUUAUUGGGGGGGGGGGGGGGGGGGGGGCACAGUAUGGCUUAAGCUUAGUUGGUGGUUGGGAGGAUAUUAGCCUCCAUGUCUCUUAUGCUCGUAAAUAUUGAAAGUUAUCGCACUUUAUUACUAUUUUUUUGUAAUGUGUUUUUUAAUUUAAUAUUUUAAACAUGACUUUACAUUGCACUUUUAUUGAUAAACUACAAAGAGAUUUAACUAAAAAAAAGAAUGCGCUCAUUUUCAGAGGUGUCUGAUCAAAUGUGGCUUUGUUGCUCAGAGAGUUCAAAGUGGCCAUAUUCAAGAUAUUAUUAAGCCAGCACCACUGACAUCCACGGUUCAAGCCCCAGGAUAUCAGGUGUCUGUCUCAGGGGGUUCAUAAAUGGCUAUCUGAUGCGCUGAGCCACCAUAAUUUUAACGCCUAUGGAAAAUCAGGUUGUUUACAGAAUCGUGAGUGAUCUCUCGGCCCUGGUAACCAAUGACGGCUUAUUUAUUUUACAAAAGCAGGCGUUACAUUUUAUUUUGCACUUAAGUACCUUGUGGUACUGUACUCUUAAAUUAUUUUUUAAAGUAUCUAUUUAACUUUUAUGCAAUUAUCCAAUGCUUGAAUUUGCAAGUAAUUUGUUUUACCAGAUGCUUUUUAAGUCUGUUAUUUAUGCAUUUCUUAAUCUGUAUAUGUUGUUGACGGAGCUCGCUUCAAUGAAAUGUGUAGACGGCAAUAACUUUAGAAGUCUUGGCUUCAUAUUAGUCGCUUUUGGCUUAAUGGGCUUAAUGAAAUUAAUGAAGCUUUUAAUUGGAUUGAGUGUUUAGGACAGUCUUUUACCCAUGACUGAAACCCGAGUUUAAAGCAUAUCGCGCCAAUGCACAAUUAUUAAAUUUGUUUUAAAAUUGAGCCUAUUUAAAUUUUGGUAAGACAAUGUUUACGUGUGAUCUUUUUUAAAGUGUAUAUUAAAGGCGUGUUGCUCGUGUGGAUAACAAAGCUAUGGGAGUGAUGGGAAAAGUUGUUUUGAGGACCGUAUAACUUUUUAGAAUUCUGAAUGGACAUUGCAAAUUGAAUUUGGGGAAAAAAACGUCUGAACAAACUCUUUAAAUGAAUUCCAAAUGUUUUAAAUUAAGUAAUAUGAAAAGUUACAUUUGCACUUGUUAUGCUGUUGGCUAUUGUUAAUGAAUUGAUGUUGUGAAAGUUACAAUGUUAUAUAAGAGGAAAAUAUGUGAAGAGUUUUAAGAUGUCGAAUUGUUGUGCUGUUAACUAUUUAAAUAAAUAAGGCAUCUUUUGCUAA